AUGGAAGGGAGACAAUAUUAUGCUCUAAGAGAAAACGUAGACGCGAACAGAACAGCCAUGGGAGGACCUCACUCGCCGUGGCAUUCACCGGUUCCUUACCUCUUCGGUGGUUUAGCUGCGAUGCUUGCUCUUAUCGCCUUUGCUCUUCUGAUCCUCGCUUGCUCUUAUUGGCGCCUCUCUGGUUACCUCGACGGUGAGGAGAACCGGAGUAGAGACGGAGAUCUUGAAGCCGGAGAUGCCAAAGCUGAGAAGCCGGUGAAAGCUGUAGCUCUGCCGGAGAAGUUCUUGGUGAUUAUGGCCGGAGACGUGAAUCCCACUUACUUGGCAACGCCGGUGGAGAAAACCUGUACUUGUGACGACGAUGAUGAUGAUGAGAACGUGGAGGGUAAUGAUCAGGUGGUGCGGCGGAGUAGUGAAAGUAACGGUGCGACACAUUGAGAAACAGAGGAGUAUGUGAAGGGACAAGAAGAGGAUCGUCUACUUUGGACAGUUUUGAAGAACUUGUUUAGAUCUGAUCCAGUUUCUUCUGGUAACCGGGUCGGGUUAGAGUUCUACAUGAUGAGUCUGACCCUUACGAUUGUUAAGAAUUACUAAACAAACGAAUGGAAUUGGGUUGUUAUUUAAUCUGUUUUGCAUCAUUAAAUCCGGGAAAAUGUAAAUUUAUGAGACUUUGAAUGGAA